AUGACAGGAGUAGAUCUAGAGGACAUUCUGAAAGUAUACGAGAGGCGUGGGGAGGCUCUGAACAUAGAAAAGGCGGCAAAUGGAACAAGGCAUAUUUCCAAAUGUGUUAUGGAUGUUCCUGUAGCCUUGCUCAACUAUCCGGAGGUAAGGCAUCUUCGCUUUUUAGCAAAAGAAAAGAUAAGCCAGAUUAUAAAUGAAAUGAGGAGUCAGAGGGGCGAGGGAGAUACAGAUUCUGAAAGGACAGCAGAGUGGAUAUCGGUCAUGAGGAAUAUCAGAAAGGUUCACUCUGCAAUCGUAGGAUAUGAGUCUGCCCGUAUAGCAUAUUCUAAGAAAAUCAGCAUAAUCUGUGCCAGAGAGUUGAGGAGAGGGCUUUCAAAAACAUCUAGAACCAAUCCUAUACUUAAGUCGAAGAGGAUCUACAGAGAGCUGUAUGGACAUAUAAAAAAGACCGAAAGAAACAUGAAGGAUAGGUUCAAGAAGGCAGAAAAGGAGGAGAUGGAAAGAAAGAAGAGGGAGAUGGAGGAGAGGGAGGAACUAAGACAGAAGAGGAAGUUUGAAUAUCUCCUGAGUCAGACAGAGCUCUUUUCUCACUUCAUAUUGAAAAAGAAUAGAUGCGGUCUUUCUUCUGCAGAGGAGGCUGAAAGAAAGGAAAUAGGAGCGGGGGAAUAUAACGGGAUGAAGGGUUAUGAGGCGGCUAUGCUCCAGAAAGAGAGGUUGAGGGAGUUUGGAGCAGAGAGGUCGACAAAGAAGUUCAAGGAGGGGGGAGAGGUAGGGGAGACGACGACUCGAUAUGUGCCCCAGCCGAGUAUCUUAAAGUGCACUUUGAAGGAGUACCAGCUGAGAGGACUAAACUGGCUUGUCAGUCUGUAUGAUAAAGGAAUCAAUGGGAUUCUUGCAGACGACAUGGGAUUAGGAAAAACAGUUCAGUCGAUUUCAUUAUUGGCCCACCUUUAUGAAACGGAAGAGGUCCCUGGGCCGUUUCUUGUUGUAACCAUUUCAUCGACACUAGACAACUGGGCUCAAGAGUUUGCAAGGUUUCUCCCUAGCUUCAGAGUGUGCCGCUUUUCUGGAUCUCCAAGCGAAAGGAAGGAGCUGAAAAAGCGAUUCAAAAAUUCUGAUGUUGUCAUCACGACAUAUCAAACUGCUGUUAGUGAUGAGAAGAUGUUAAAAAAGAUCAAAUGGCAAUACAUGAUUCUCGACGAAGCACAGGCUAUUAAGAGCAGCAUGUCGCGAAGAUGGAAGACUCUCCUGAGCUUUAAGGCAAGAAACAGACUUCUUCUGACGGGAACGCCGAUACAAAACUCCAUGCAAGAGCUAUGGGCUCUCCUUCAUUUUAUAAUGCCUACUCUGUUUGACUCUCUCAAUGAGUUCAGCGACUGGUUCAGUAAGGAGAUAGAAACAUCGGCAAUAAUGAAGAAGACGGUUGAUGAGAAGUCUCUGCAGAGGCUUCAUGCCAUUCUAAAGCCAUUUAUGCUUAGAAGACACAAAUCAGAUGUUAUCCAUGAGCUGGGCCAGAAGACGCAGAUUGAUUUGUACUGCGAUCUAAGCUACAGACAAAAAGUGUUGUACAAGGAGAUCACCAGAUCCUGCUCAAGCAUGGAAAUGGAGAACCUACUCAUGCAGCUGAAAAAGGUCUGCAAUCAUCCGGACUUGUUCAAGAAGCUGGAGCCUAGAUGCGGAUUGAGCCUCGAAGUCAGCGAUGGGAUAGGCGAUGUUGUUUCUUUUGGAAGAAGUAAGAUGGACAUUAAGAUUCCCAGCCUUGUUGCUAAGGAUGCACUUGAGAUGUUCCGUAAGAAAGAAUAUGAAAUGAUAGAGAGGAUUAAUGGAUUGCGAAGGAUUGUUAAUGGAGAAGGACCAAACGCCUGGUACCUUCGGGGUAGCUUGGACUUCAAGUAUGGUGGCUAUGUCUUUAGAAGUGUUGAGGAGGCUGGUAAGGCUGUGUUGAGAAACAUGGGGAAUCCAGAGUCCUCGCUGCUGGAAAGCAUGAGAAGAGUGAUUGACGAAGAAGCAUAUCGUCUGCAACGACAUGUUUAUUGUAUAAGUCCGGUUGUAGCAACGGCGCCUAGACUGAUUUCAAAUGAAGCAGAUCUUCCAGAGAUAGAUCUGGAGAAUAGGCACAUUCCGCUAAAUACGACCAUUUAUGUUCCCCCAUUAAAUACGUUUAUCAGUGAUAGUGGAAAACUGGUCGUUUUGGAUGAGCUGCUACCAAAACUCAAAGCAGAGGGACACCGGUUGCUGAUGUACUUUCAGAUGACAAGAAUGAUAGAUCUUAUAGAGGAUUACCUUGUGAGGAAAGGAUACACAUAUCUAAGGCUCGACGGAAGUCUGAAGGCUUCUGCCCGUGCAGAGGUGAUCAGAGAUUGGCAAGCAAGCGACAAGUUUAUCUUCCUGCUGAGUACACGUGCCGGGGGGCUAGGAAUCAACCUUACUGCAGCAGAUACGGUUGUUUUCUACGACAGCGACUGGAAUCCUACUGCAGACCAGCAGGCAAUGGAUAGGGCACACAGGCUAGGUCAGACGAGAGAUGUAACAGUAUAUAGACUCAUCACAAGGGGAACGGUUGAAGAAAAAGUUCUGGAGAGUGCCAAUAGGAAGGACGAGAUACAGAAGAUGGUCAUUCAUGGAAAUAUAUUUGAAGGAGAGAACUUUUGA